AUGCUACUCUCAACUACAUACCGUGCUUUACCGCGCACAUUACGAUUGGUUAAUAAAUCUUCUCAUAUACGUCGCGCGGUAUCGACGCUGAAGGAAAAUCCUCAUAUUUACAUCCACCCAACCCCCACCUCCACCAACACCCCCACCAGCCCCCAAUCCUACACCCUCUCACUCCUCCCCACCUCACCCCCGACCACCGCCCUCUCCCUAGGCAGCACCACCUCCUCCCCCACUCACCCUGUAACCCCCUCAACCUUCACCCCCAACCCGCACUUCCUCCCCCUCCUCUCCAAAGUCCUCUCCAAAUACGCCCAUCUCGAUCCCCAACUCCAAUCGCAAGCCGCUGCUUUCGCUACCACCGCUAGUCAUUUCUCAUUAUCGCCUCCGAGUGCUUAUCGUGAGAAUGGGAAGGGUAUGAAGAAGGAUUCGGGGGCGCCGCCUAGUGCUAGUCAAGGCGGCGCCGGUUCCUCCGGCCACAGCGGCUACAUCCACCUUUCCGACACGCGGGCCCCCCCAGACUACGGACGCAUCGCCUAUCCCGAAGAUAUCUUCGGAUCACUCGAGGUAACCGGUUCUGGAAAAUUUGUUGCUGGCGACGAAGGCGAUGGAGGAGCCCUAGAAACCACAGAAGCUGUAGGAACCGCAGGAAUCACAGCAACCACAGAAGCUAAAACAUACCCCGGCAAUUGGCAAGAAAGCGGCAGUUAUCGCAUCGUGACACGCGAGGGAAUCUUCGGAUUGACGGAUUUCCUAAGGGAGAAAUUGGUGGAGGUGUUGGGGGAGGAGGAGAAGAAGAUGAAGACGAUGCCGAGUAAGAGUGGUUGA